AUGCAAACAUUAACUGAUAGAAAUCGAGAGAAGGUUAGGCGCGACCGCGCCAAGAAGGCUGUUGCAUUGGCAAUGCACAGCCACUGGGACGAGGCGGCCCUUAUGAACCGCGCCAUCCUCAAGGACUUCCCAGAUGAUCUUGAGGCGCAGAACAGACUUGGCAAGGCGCUCAGUGAACUCGGGCGCAACCGAGAGGCUAGAAAAGCGUUCGAAAGGGCGCUGGAAAUCUCGCCCCACAAUGCCAUUGCGCGCAAGAACUUUGACAGGCUUAUGAGCAUUGGGGAUCAGGACGCGCCGCGCUCGCAAGGUAGAGUCGAGGCAGCGCCGAAGGUGUUCAUCGAGGAGAGCGGCAAGUCGAUCACGACAUCGCUCGUAAGCCUCGCGCCUCCUAGCACGCUGCUAAAGCUCGCUCCCGGUCAUCGGGUGAGUCUGGAGAUCCAAAACAGUCGCGUGAAGCUGAUUGACGCCAACGGCGUGGCUGUGGGCAGUCUUGAACCAAGGCUCACGGCUCGGCUGCUGCGCUUGGUACGCGGCGGCAACCAGUACGAAGCUGCGGUUACGAGCGCAGGCGCACAAGAACUCACGAUAAUCAUACGCGAGACCUUCAAGCAUCCCUCUCAGGCUGGCACAGUGUCGUUUCCGUCGCGCGCGGGCGCUGACUACCGAGUCUAUAUGCCCGGUGGCGUACUUGACUACGACGAGGACGAGCCGGAUGUGAGCGGGAUGGGCGGUCGUGUCAUAAAGGACUGGUCGGACGACGACACGGAGCCGGGUGACGAUGAUGCCUUCUCUCCGGUCAUACAUCGCAUCAUCAACUCCAGUGGGGAUGACGACGGCGACAUACCGAACGACGACUACUAG